AUGUCUCACAUCUUCCAAUACUUCCACAUACUCAGGAACAACAAGGAACCACGGAUAUUGUUCACAUCGCCCUCAACGAUUGCCCGCGCACCCACCGGUCAGGUGCAUGAGAUGCGGAGCAGGCUUGCAGAGCUCGAGGUAGAGCGCGAGUCCGCUCUCAGAGUACAAGUGGCGGCAGAGCAACUUCAGCAGGAAGUUCAGCGACUGCAAAGGGAAGCGGCAGAGGCACGUGCACAGCUGGCCGACAGCGAGGUGCGACGCGUCGCUGCCGUGCAAGAGGUGCAGGACCUGCAAGGAAUUGCCGAGAAGCUGCAGCUGGAAGUCGAGAGACUGGCAGCCGAGGCGCUGCCGAUGAAAGAGUACUUGGAGGAAGUGCUCCUGGAUCUGAUCUCCACGAGGCAACGACUGCAACGCGUUUCACGAUUGUGCUUGUAA